UCAUCAACCUGGUACUUGAUUAAGAGAUAUAAUAAUCAAUAUAUAGGUCGAACAUGAGAAAAAGCUUAGAUGAGAACUCUCUUCAUCUUAAAACCCAACCUUUUACCCACAGAGAAAACCGACAACCACAGAGCCUUUAAUUUCCCGACAUGGCCGCCGCCGCCGCCGCGCCUUACGACCGGAUCGCCGAGCUGAAGGCAUUCGACGAAUCAAAAGCCGGCGUGAAAGGGUUGGCGGACGCCGGCAUCACCGAGCUGCCUCGAUUCUUCCACGCGCCGCCGCAUCUCCUCCACGACUACCCUACCGCUGCAGCCGGCGAUCCCAACUUCGUCUUCCCCGUCAUCGACCUGGAAGGCGGCGCGUGGGAACAAGAUCCCGGCAAGCGGAAGCGGAUUGUUGCGGAGAUCAGUGACGCGUCGGCCAACUGGGGGUUCUUCCAAGUCGUCAACCACGGCUUCCCGGCCAGUCUCGUCGCGGAAAUGAAAGCCGGAGCCCACAGAUUCUUUGAGCUGGAUGUGGAUGAGAAGAAGCAAUACUACAGCCACGACAUGAGGAAGAAAGUCGUCCACCACAGCAACUUGAACAUUUACACAGUUCCCACCAUCAAUUGGAGGGACACCAUCAUGUUUCAGAUGGCACCAGAUCCGCCGGAGCCAGAGGAGUUACCAGCUUGUUGCAGAGAUGUCGUAACAGAGUACUCGAGGGAGAUACUGAAAUUUGGAGAAUUGCUCUUCCAGCUGCUGUCUGAGGCUCUAGGGUUGAAGCCAGAUCACUUGAAGGAAAUGGGUUGCGCAGAGGGAGUGAACCUGCUGUACAAUUACUACCCAGCCUGUCCUCAACCGGAGCUAACUUUGGGGACAACCCAACAUGCCGAUGUUGGGUUCAUAUCGUUGCUCGUACAGGACCACAUCGGAGGACUUCAGGUUCUUCAUCGGGAUCAUUGGGUCGACGUGCCUCCCGAUUCAGAGGGUAUUGUGGUCAACAUCGCGAAUCUGCUUCAGGUGAUGUCUAAUGACAGGUUUACGAGCGUGAAGCACAGAGCGCUGGUGAAGAGCGUUGGACCGAGAGCGUCGGUUGUUGCCUUCUUCGGUGUUGGAUAUGCAUCGGGUUCGAGAGUUUAUGGACCCAUAGAAGAGCUGGUGUCGGAAGAAAAUCCUCCGAGAUACAGGAAGACCACGGUGGAAGAUUUCCUCACUCAAUCUUACAAGCAAGGUCUUAAUGGAAUGUCUUUUUUGGACAAUCUUAGACUCGUGGCAGAUUAGUUAGGGUUUCGAACGUGAUGCUAUCAGCUUCUGCAAGAAUAGUGUGUUUGUUUUUCUUUGUGAAUAAAGAUGCUUGAUAAGUAUAAGGUUGUUCAUCUAUGAUUCUGAUGUCACCCUCAAUUAUGGAAAGCGUAUUUACUGUUUCUAAUUUGAUUUUUGUAAAACAUUUGUUAUGCCAAAAUUCAAUCAUUGUUUGUCAUAUAUAUUUUGAAAGAGAAUUGAACAAAUGCUAUGUAAUAAUUUUG